CCGCGUAUUUGAAAACAUGCAAAAUAACAUGGACCCUGACGCUGGGUUUCAAAACCCUGCGAUGUCAGUCAAUAUGGUUGAGGAUAGUUCAGGCUUGUUACAACCAAAAUGCGACUCCAGACUGCUUUGCUAGGCUCUAUCGCCUGGGCCCAGGCUAUUGUUCACGGCAAUCCAACCCUCAGCCACCGAAAUGAUAUUGUACCACCACAACCCGAGCCCAUAACUAUCACGGAGCUUCCACUGCCCCCGGUCGCUCCUAAUACGAAGCCAGGCUCCUGCACCCACAAUACAGGCUGCCUCGACCGGACCUCCUCCCAACAAAGCGGAAACUUUCUCCCAGAUGGCAACCAUGUCGUUAUCAGCGCGAACUUCACUGGUGCCCCAGCAUCUCCGAACCCAGCAAGCAUUUAUACCGGUAUCCAAUUGAUUCUAGUUAAAACUGACAACACGACCUUCCCGAACGGCGACCCCUGGAAAUGCGUUACCUGCGGGGUACCGAAGAACAAUCGCGUGGGAAGUACCGAGUUGCUUUCGUAUCCACAGGCAUUCAAUGAUGGGAAGCGGGUGCUUGUGGAGGCAAACAUCGUGAGCUGUGGGGAUGAAUUACUAACUAGUGAGGAAUGCACCCCUGAAAAGGUCCAUAUCUAUCCCAUCCGAUGGGACAACAAAGCCGAUGGGUCAGGACCUGGCGGCACGAUUCGGGAACUGCGCAUUCAUCCAGAUAACUUACACAUCGGCUUCAACUCCUUCGGAAUCUUAAAUGGGAAGAUUGAUGAGUACGGAUACUUCAGUCGAUUGCGAUUCAACCCAUCUCCGAAAUCUGGUACCCCUCGUGUCCCUCGCUAUGAGCUCGUUAACGUGACUGUCCUCUUCAACAAAGAUACUUCACUACCAUUUACCGUAAAUGGCAGCGACCUCAUCUUUAAGCCAGAUACAAUCACCGUCGGCGAAUUCCGCGGCUUCACAGGCUCCGGUAAGGAAGUCACCUACGUCGGCAGCCCGGUUGAAUCAUGCAACAUCGAUCUCUUCGCCGCAGACCUAAAGACUGGCAAAGUACGCCGACUAACCAGCCACCCUGAAUACACGGAUCCCAUUGACGUCUCUCCAGACGAUAAAUGGCAAGUCAUCCUCGACACCCGCGAGACGGGCCGCCAGAUGUUCCUGGCUGGACUACGCGGUAUCCCCCCAGUCACAGACAUGGCAUCUGUAACUGUCACAGCAUCAACGCGAAACAACGGCGCAAGACGUUUCUUCGAGCCCUGGCUUCUCGACCACGAUGGUGAUCGCGGGACGUAUUUUGGGCAGAAGAUUAAUGCCGGUGGUGAUGAGAGCCCGGGGAGUAUUAACGAUCCGAAUUGGAAUGCUGGUGCGGACCCGAGGUGGUCGCCUGACGGGACUCGGAUCGUGUAUUUUCAGAAUCUUGUGCAGGAGCCUGCGUGCGGGGGAAGGAAUCCGCUCCCGUGCCCGAAGUCGACGGAGCAGGGUGGUAGGACGAGUAGGGUUAUGCUCGCACAUUUGACAAGUCGGGAGCCUAUCAAACAGCAGCAUGUUGAGCCGGUUUCUGAUGAGGUUCCUUGGGGUACACCGUAUACACCCGGUGAUGAGAUGCCUAAGCGAACAUACCCAGGUGCCGGUAAUUACACUCUCAAGGGCAAGAACUCUGGCUCUGCGAGUGUAUCUAUUAUCUACGGCACCAGUAACCUAUCCAUCAUGACCGUCGGAGCUACAUAUCACGAUUUCUCUGAUGACGGAUUGAGCUUCAUCAGCGGUUCUGAGAAGGUCAAGUCUACACCGCUGUCUGUUACUUUGAACCGGGUAGAUUGGUUUUCAGAUAUUGUGUCGACGGGUGAACAGAAGGGUACCAAAAAGACUGGUCCCGGAGGCUUUCAUUUGGAGAUUGAUGCGAUGACGAAUAUAUUCAAUGCGAAUGGAACGCUGACGACGACGAUUGAUGGCGAGGUGUUUAAGCAGCCGGCCAAUGGCACUUAAGUCUUGAUGUCAGUACAUAGCAAGUUGAGCCAAUAUGACAAACUCUGCACCAAAAUAACUAAAUAACUUCGCGUGUGGCUUCUCCAACUUCUCUAUCCAAGAAUUGGCAAGACUCAUAAUUUCACAGUGGAUCCGUCCACUGCUUAAGAGAAUGGGAGCCC